AGGGAUGAUGGCGUCUCUCGCGGGUUGAUUCUCGUGCUGCUCUGACAAACACGCUUAAUAGCAUCAAUAGGUGGAGAAAAGAGAGCAAAGGCAAGGGAACAUGACGAAACGACGUCGCGGAGGACAGACAGACAGAGAGAAAGACGGACGUACCGACGGUGUCUCACUGACGACUUGACUGACAUACGCGCUUGGCACAGACACAUACAUGCACAUCCACUUUGGCACACACGUAGGCUUCACAUCCAACCGGGCAGUAAUUGAGACGAGAGGAAAACAGAAGAGAUAAAAUAUUUCAUGUCAAGCCGGCACAGGAAUCGCUGUGACCCCAACGGAGAGGAGUUCGACUUGACAGGAUGGGGGGAGUAAGUGAAGGGGAUGAUGUGUUAGCUCGAUGGAGUGAUGGACUACUGUACCUCGGUAAUGUGAAAAGAGUAGAUGGAGUCAAGCAGUGUUGUCUGGUGAGAUUUGAGGACAACUCGGAAUUCUGGGUUCUAAGAAAAGACAUUCAUUCUUUCUCAGUUGGAGUGGAAGAGGUUUGCUGUGUCUGUGAUGCCCCGCCUCUUAAAGAACCUCUCAUCAAUUGUCUUAAAUGUCGUCACGGUUAUCAUCCUGAGUGCCACACUCCGUCCAUUGAGCCGGAAGCUGACAGCAAUUCUUGGAUAUGUCGGCAAUGUGUCUUUGCAGUGGCGACCAAGAGAGGGGGAGCCAUCAAACGAGGACGGUUUGCCCGGCUCAUGCAAAUCAUGAAACUUCGGCUGCCCUAUCAGCUGUCAUCUUUAGACUGGGACCCACAGCAUCUGACCAACCAGCAGCAGUGUUACUGCUACUGUGCCGGACCUGGAGAGUGGAACUUGAAAAUGUUGCAGUGUGGAAGUUGUGGUCAGUGGUUUCAUGAAGCUUGCACACAGUGUCUGACCAAGCCGUUGUUAUAUGGAGACAGGUUUUAUGAGUUCCAGUGCUCAGUCUGUGCAAGCGGACCAGAGACAAUUCAACGGCUACCCAUGAGCUGGGUAGAUUUGGCCCAUUUGGUGCUCUACCACCUCUCCUUGUGCUGCAAGAGAAAAUACUUUGAUUUCGACCAUGAAAUCAUGUCGUUUGCCAAUGAGAAUUGGGACUCUUUGCUUCUAGGCUCGCUCUCUGACACACCAAGGCAAGAUCGCUGCCACAAUCUGCUCAACGCUUUGAACUCCAACAAAGACAGGUUUGUCUCUGGUAAAGAGAUCAAGAAGAAGAAGUGUCUUUUUGGGCUCCAGGUCCGAGCUCCGCCUCCCCUGACCUCUGAUUCGUCUCCCCUCAUCACUGACCCGCCCAUCAACAUCACCCAAAGGAGAAGCCCAUUGUCACUGCCCUGCCAGAGGAGAGCGGUGGGGCCAGAGUCACGCAAAUCAAAGCGGCGCAUCAUGGAGACACAGCCUUGUCCGCCCCCGGUCCCAGCCACCCCAAUAGAUCUUGUGCCAUGUUGCCAUGGCUACGUAGGUGGAACUAACCUCUACAACUCCAGGAAGUCGGAGGAGGAGCUGAAUUUGGGCUCUCCACCUAAGCGGAUGUUUGCCCUGUAUCACCCCACCUAUAACGGAGCCCCAGCCAUCUCCAGAACCCUGCAUCACUAUAGUGCGGAAGAUCCUUGUAGAGUGCCGCCCCCCUGCCUCCCCUUUUCCCUGUCAUCCUCCCACCAUCACAACCACCACCACCACAACAACCACCACCACCAGCAGCACCAGCCUGGCCAGAAGUUGGAUCCCUGCCCCUCCCUCUUGCUGCGUGAUGUCCCUUCCUAUCCGGGCGGCGUGGGGGGAGGGGGCGGGGGGGAUGGGUCAGCUGUCAGGGGCUGGGGGGGCGGGGACGGGGUGAGGAUUUUGGCGAGGCGAGUAACGCCAGACGGGAAGGUCCAGUACCUCGUGGAGUGGGGGAACGUGAGUGUGUACUGA